AGCGCGCUGAGCCGCGGCGGGGCACUGCCACCAUGUCCCCGCUGCGCCUGCUGCUGCUGGCCCUGGCCCUGGCCCUGGCCGCUGUGCCGUGCGCCCAGGGCGCCUGCCCCGCGUCCGCCGACCUCAAGCACUCCAACGGGACGCGCACUUGCGCCAAGCUCUAUGACAAGAGCGACCCCUACUAUGAGAACUGCUGCAGGGGCGCCGAGCUGUCGCUGGAGCCGGGCGCAGACCUCCCCUAUUUGCCCUCCAACUGGGCCAACACCGUCUCCUCCCUUGUGGUGGCCCCGCGCUGCGAGCUCACCGUGUGGUCCCGGCAAGGCAAGGCGGGCAAGACGCGCAAAUUCUCUGCCGGUACCUACCCGCGCCUGGAGGAGUACCGCCGGGGCGUCUUGGGAAACUGGUCCAACGCUAUCUCCGCGCUCUACUGCAGGUGCAGCUGAUGUUUUGCCGGUCUCUCAUCUGCAGCUUCCACAGAGUGCCAGACCCCUCACUCAGCCGAUCCCUGGGCUCUGCUGCGGGGUCCCAAGACCCAGGAGAAGGAGCCUUCUGCCUGCCCCUCCCACCUCCCCUGCAAUACAGCCUUUGUGCAGUGGUC